CGUUUUCUGCCAAUGACGGAGUUCAUAGAGUUUACACGGGUACAUAUUCUUGAUCUUCCUCAUGAUUUACUAUUGAAUUGCUUAGCUCGGGUUUCAAGAUUGUACUACCCGACUCUUUGCUUAGUGUCCAAGAGAUUUCGCUCUCUUAUUACAUCGCUUGAGCUUUACCAGACCCGAGCUCUCUUAGGCCGCACCGAGAGUUGUCUAUAUUUGUGCUCAAGGCUCAGUUAUGGUUCUAAACAAUGUUGGUACACUCUAUGCAAAAGACCAACUCCAAGCCCUUACCUAACCCUACCUAAGCCUAAGCCUAACCAUAUCUCAGGAUGGUUCAGUCCAUGCUUUAGACCAUAUAGAAUCCCCAAGUCGAGCAACUAUCAUAUGGUCUCUGUCUCAACUCGCAAAUUUUCUCAUUGGACCUGGUGGACUUGUGCCGCAAUUGGUUCUACUAUCUACACGGUUGGAAAAUAUAUCUAUGGUGGGAUCUCGUCUAGGGUCUUCUUCUUGGACUGUCGGUCUCACACUUGGCACGAAGCUCCAAGCAUUCAGAUGACGCCAAAGUACCCUCUCAUGAGCGUUAUUGAUGGGAAAAUAUAUGUAGUGGAAGGCUUGAACGUUCCGGAUUCAUCAGAUUCGAUGAAGGUUUUUGAUCUGAAAAAACAGAUAUGGGAGCAUCUACCAUGCCCUAGAGCAGAGAUAUUCGGGAAGAGUUAUAUAUUAAGAAGCUUAGCCAUAGACGGAAAGCUUUACCUGUUUGGGGAUAAAAAUAUGGUUUACAAGGUCGAUGAAAAUAAAUGGGACGUUGUAGGAUUAGAGACGCGUAUAAGUUGGGCUUUCAGUGAUUUUUCAUGCGUAAUAGACAACAUAAUGUACAAUUAUAUCUUGUCCAGAAAGCUUCAAUGGUACGACUCCAAGGGAAUAUUGUGGAGAGAUUUAAAGGGUUUGGAAGAACUUCCAAAAAUGCCAAAGAGUUGUACUCGUGUUAGGAUGGUAAAUCAUGGUGGAAAGAUUGCGCUUCUGUGGGAUAAGAAAGUGCGUGGUUUUGACUCCAACGAGAAGAAUAUUUGGUGUGCUGUGUUUGCGGUUGAAAGGCGCAGCGAACAAGAGGUUUAUGGGAAGCUUGAAUGGUGUGAGGUUGUGCUUAAAGUCCCCAAAUCAUGUUGUUUAUUGGAAUUUCUUGCUGUUGAUGUUUGAUGGAUGAACGGGCCAUUCUGAAGAAUGCAUUAUGCAUAUGACGUUUUUUCUUCUUUGAAUGUUUCCCGAUCCCUUCUCUGCUUCCUAUGUUUUUCUUCCUCAAACUUUCAUGGAAAGAGAAAUUGUUUUCUUUUGUGCUUAACAAAGGUUUAUUGAUUCACAAAAUAUUCGAUUUGGUUACUUCAAGCACUUGAAGAAGAGUCAAAUGUACAAACAUUAUGGACGUAAAUUCUAGGACCCGAGCGAGCCCAUAUUCAACGGGUGUCAACAGUUUCAAACUUUAAAAAACAUUAUAGCCAAAAUAAAUAAAGUGAAAGUAUGAUUACGGUAAUCUUGAUAAUGGACUAACAAAUACUUAUAUCCUACCAACAAUAUAGCAUAUACUAACAUUAUUACAUAUGACAAAUUUGUUUAAAAGUAAAAUAUCAUCCUCAAAUGUUAUUUACAAUAAAACUCUAUGAAUUAAUUAAUAGUGUCAGAAGUAUAACAUUUUAUUAAUUUAUAUAAAGUUAUUUAUUUAAGAAAUUAUUUUUUAUUUAUAUGUUUUUAUAAAUAUAAGUAUAUGUGCUUUCAUGAAAAUAAACAAUUCAAUGUUUUUAUGUUUAGAGACUUUGUAUCUCUAUAAUAUUAUUUGAGAAGUCAGUUUUCUACGUGUCGUUCUCACGUUAACUCUGACCAUGGUUGAUUACAUUGAUACCCCUCGAUGGAUUAAAAAUAUUUCAUGCAAAAUACUAUUAUUUAUUUAUUUUAUUUAGUUUUCUUUUUAAAAUUUUCCAAAAAAACAUAUACAUAUA